ACAUAUCAGAUGUACAUUUUCGUUCAGUAGAAAAUCGCACUAAAAUGAUUUAAAUAAGGAAUAAAGUGGCACCAAUAAACCAAUUAUGAUUGGCGUAUUAGUUAGAAGAAGUACCUGGGACUAUUUAGCAGCACCAUCGUCUAAAUGUCAAUUAAUAAGGCUUACCGCUACAGUCAGUAGACGUCCCUGGGAGGAACCCUCAACUCAAGGAGUCUCUUCAUGUGGAAACGUAAAGUUACUUAGCUCUAUUUCCUGCAAGAACUCAUCGAGCUUAGCGGGAGUAAAAAAAGAACAAACGCGAUGCGGCCGCUUAGAAUACCUGGAUUGGAUGCCAAGCCCUUUUACAAAUGCGGGGAAAACAAUGAGCAAUUACAAAAAAUUGUCGAAAUUCCGACUAACAUCGUUAGUUGUCAUUACGGCAAUGGGAGGUUAUGCCAUGGCGCCAGCAGCGUUCGAUAUAUCCACUUUCGCGAUGUGUGCACUGGGAACCGGAUUAGUUUCUGCGGCAGCUAAUUCUAUUAACCAAUACCACGAGGUUCCUUUUGACUCCCAAAUGUCACGAACGAAAAAUAGAGUCUUAGUUACUGGACAGAUGACGCCCCUUCAUUCAAUUGGGUUUGCGAUUGCGUCAGCGUCCACUGGAUUGUGCCUUUUGUAUUUCGGAGUUAAUGGUUUAACAGCAGCCUUAGGAGCGGGCAAUCUUCUUUUGUACACCUGCGUUUAUACACCCAUGAAACGCGUGAGCAUUCUAAACACGUGGGUGGGAUCAAUUGUUGGAGCGAUUCCUCCAUUAAUGGGCUGGGCUGGCUGUGCAGGCACUCUCGAUGUUGGGGCGUGGAUACUUGCUGGUUUACUUUAUGCUUGGCAGUUCCCACAUUUCAAUGCGUUGUCAUGGAAUCUUCGUCCAGAUUACUCUCGGGCCGGCUAUCGAAUGAUGGCCGUUACCAAUCCUAGUCUUUGUCGACGUACUGCAUUACGUUACACAAUGGCCAUUAGUGGCCUAUCACUAUUAGCGCCAAUUUUCGAUGUCACAAAUGUCUGGUUUGCUUUGGAAACAAUGCCUCUAAAUUUGUAUUUUUGUUAUUUAGCUUACGAGUUUCACCAAAAAUCCGACAGUGGGAGCUCCCGUAAGCUGUUCAGGUUCUCACUCUUACAUUUACCCGUGCUGAUGCUGCUGUUUCUUGUUAAUAAGAAAAAUUGGUAUUUUACGAGUUCAGAACAAGAGGAAACCACAAUAAUGGAUAACAAAACUAUUUCUAUACAUCCUCCGACGUCUGGUCUUGGCAGUGUAUUGCCUGUCGCCGUAGCAGCUGUUCCUCGGUGACAUCCUGAAAAAAAUGGCUCUUAAUAUUUAUAAAUUAUAACUUAAUUAUUGAAUAAUACAGUAAUGUACAUAUUAGACUCUUGCGGAAAUGCAUUCGCAAGCACAUGCAUCCAAAUAAAUGUAUUUUACUUGGUACCAAAAGCAAA